AUGCUCUCCGACCCUACUACUACGACAGGAGCAGCCGGCGAUGACACACAGGAUGCGCAACUGCAGGUGGGCACGCGGGUGAGCAUCAACGGCCGUGCGAUCACCUUCAACUCGCUGCGCUGCGUUGACAUCCCGCCCAAGGCGGCCGGGGGCAGCAAGAAGGUGCAGGUGGCGUGGUCGCAGCCCCAGGCACCUGCUGCUUGCACCAAGAUUCAGUUCUUCUCCGGGCCCGG